AUGGUGUACACGUUACACUUAAGAGUGAGUUUGUGGAAAUGGUUUGUGGUGCUGCUUUCAUUGAGCUUGCAAGCAAAUGCAAUGGAGGAAUUAUGUUCCGAAGAAGAAUCAGUAGACAUCUCCAAAGGAACAAUCGAUGCAGAUGGAAAUAUCGACUACGAUGGAGUGCACUACAGUCCAUCUCAGUAUUUUCAAGAUGAAGAUGUGCAGCGGCGAGGUUGCAUUUGCCUUGUGCGUCAAUGUAUAUACGUUUGUGAGGCCGAAGAAUGGCCGACCGAACUCUAUGCCAAUGUAUCUGAUGCGUUCGGUAAAAACAAUUCCAUACGAAACCUGGCCACAGAUACGCGGUAUCACUUGCUUUUAGAAGAACCUGCCUGUGGCGGAGCAUGGUUGACGCUGGAACAAGAUGAAGUCACAAUAACAACGAAAGGAGAUUUAAGCUUAAGUGGAUAUAUUUUGAACUAUCCCCAAUUUUGUAUGCAACCAGUGAACGAAAUGGGCGAGUUCCUGGCAGCAUACUGUGAGCCCGAAAUAAACGACUUGUCACAUCACAUGUAUGCCUUUGGCUUCCUGGUAUCGUUACCCUUUCUCGUGGCCACCUUUGUGGUGUAUGCUAUUCUACCGGAGCUACAGAACGUGUCCGGGAAGUCACUGAUGUGUUUUGUAGCAGCACUCGCGGUAUCAUAUUUAUUGCUGGGCUUAGCGCGAAUGGAUAUUUACGAGUAUCAGUCCAAUAUGUGUUUGAUCUCUGCAUAUUCAUUAUACUUUACGUUGAUGGCCAGCUUCUUUUGGAUCAACAUCAUGUCCUUCGAUAUUUGCUGGACAUUCGGUGGAAGUUGUGGGCGGACCAGUGAACGGAGAAAGUUUCUGUAUUAUUCUCUAUACGCUUGGGGUGUACCGCUGCUACUUCUUUUGUUGAUACUUCUCUUCGAUCAUACGGAGCUUAUAAACUACAAUCUACGACCGAACAUUGGCGAGGAAGGAUGUUUCCUUCAGGAGGAAGGAUGUUUCCUAAUGCUAGUUAUCAGUACGAACAUAUUCCUUUUGGCUAUCACCGCCAAACGCGUUUACCAAAACGAUCGCACCAAUGUUGUUAUGAACAACGACAAUUUGGAACACCACGCAACGUUGGAAGAGAAUCGCAACAGGUUUGGAUUAUAUCUGCGCUUGUUCGCCGUCAUGGGUGUACUCUGGUCGCUAGAAAUAAUUAGCUGGUUAUUGAUUGAAACGAAUACACCUUACCCAUCCUGGGUAAUAUACGUUAUAGACGGUGUGAACUGUCUUGCAGGCAUAGUGAUCUUUUUCCUGUUCGUUUGGAAGCAAAACAUUAAGAAACUGCUGCACCAAAGAUUCUGCCGAUGAGUAAUUACCUCGGAAUGCGAUCAAAUGAACGACUCAGGCAAUGUACAAUCGAUAGCAUAAACCAAUCAAUCUUCGUUCUCGCUCCUCGGAAGCCGGCU